GGACCUCCGAUUCAAUAAAAUAAAAGAAUUACAUCAAGGCACUUUCAAGAACAACAGAUACAUGGUGAGCUUGUUACUCAACAACAAUUACUUGACUUCUUUGAAAAACGGAGUCUUCGAUGGAUUGCUCAAUUUGCAAAAUCUUUAUCUUUACGACAACAGGAUUCGCUAUUUGGAUUCAAAUGUAUUUCAAAAAUUGCAUAGGUUGGAAAGACUAUAUUUGCACAAUAAUCUUCUCGAUCGGUUCGAAGCUGGAACUUUUGCAAAUCUUCCGUCCUUGAAAAGACUAAAUCUACAUCACAACCAAUUGAAGCGUGUUCCAGAAGGCGCUUUCCAAAACCUUCCACGGUUAGAAAGAUUGAGAUUAGAUCACAAUUCGUUGGUAUGCGACUGCGAAAUUCUGUGGUUAGCCAACAUGCUGACUGACAACUCUUUGGAAGCAUCUGCAAAUUGCAAGUACCCCCAUGAGAUGAGCGGAAAAUCUCUGAAGGGCAUGAAGUUGGAUGAUUUCCACUGCAAGUCCUUGGAGAUUAUGGAAGGCCCGCGUGAUGUCGAAGUUUCUUGGGGUCAAACUGCAUCAUUCACAUGUAGAGUUCAGGAUAGUUCUGCAACGGUCUACUGGAUGCGAGACCAUCAGGAAGUGAUACCAGAACAAAACAAGUAUAUCAUCGAUGAACAAGGUUCUCUCCUUAUACACAACGCAGAUGAAAACGACGGGGGAUUUUAUGAGUGUGUUGCAAAAAAUACUAACGGAGAAGUUAAGUCCAAACCAGCCAAAAUGACUGUUUUGAAAUCGGACGGCCCGGCCAUAGCACAUGCUCAAGGGCCACCAGAGUUCAGGAGAAAACCAGAAACAGUUUAUUCAACAUCUGGUGAGGCUGAAGUCAAGCUACACUGUCGAGUUGUAGGAAAUCCAAUACCGUUGAUAAAGUGGGCCAAAAAUGGAGUACAACUUCCUUCGUCUGAGAAAUAUUUUUAUGAGGUAGAUGGACUCGUGAUAAGGGAUAUCAACCCUCUCGAUCAUGGUAGCUAUCUAUGUGAAGCGAUCAAUCAGUAUGGUAGAAUAGCAGCAGAAGGCAAUCUAAUCAUCAAAGCCGCUCCCACUUUCACAAUCCAGCCAGAGAAUCUCAACAUACAAAUAGGCGGUGUAAUCAGACUGGAAUGCGUGGCAUCCGGCACCCCAACCCCAGAGAUAAUUUGGUAUAAAAACGACGAAGAGAUUCAGCGAAAUGAGAGGGUGUUCAUAAGCGAAGAUAAUACUUUCCUCCAAAUCAAAAACGCACAAGAAACGGACAGUUCGCUAUACGUCUGCGAGGCCAGGAACGACGUAGGUAUAAGAGAAGUUAGUGCCAGAAUCAACGUGGAGAAUGUAUCCAGAAAACCAGCGAAGUUGGUUUACAAACCGUAUAAUGUCGAAGCUCUCGUAGGAAGUACCAUAGAAUUGCCCUGCAGAGCUACUGGAGACCCUAGGCCUGGCAUCACUUGGCAAAAGGACGGGUCCAGCAUGCAGAGGACCGGUAGGUUCAAAGUAACCCACAACGGAAAUUUGUAUAUUUAUAAAGUGGGACCCGAAGAUCAAGGCAGAUACGAAUGUACCGCUCUAAAUGACUAUGGAAGAGAUUCUGCAGCAGGAUAUCUCACGGUGAAAAAUAUUCAGAGUCCUACAGGUUGCAUGACACACAGACUCCUCAAAAAUUGCUCAGACAUGUGCUUCCACUCCAAAUAUCGUUCCAUAGAUGGUACCUGCAACAAUCUGCAGCAUCCCAUGUGGGGGGCUUCUUCCAGCGGUUUCAGACGUAUUCUCAAACCUAUUUAUGAAGACGGUCUUACAAAGCCUAUCGGGUGGAUCAAAGGAAGAAAGUAUUAUGGAUUUACCAAGCCCAGCUCAAGAUUGGUAUCCACUACGUUGAUUUCCACGUCGAAAAUCACUCCAGACCCAGAAAUAACCCACAUGGUCAUGCAAUGGGGCCAAUUUCUUGAUCACGAUCUGGACCAUGCCACCCCAUCAGUCACCUCAGAGAGUUGGGAUGGUAUCGACUGCAAGAAAUCGUGCGACUACGCCGCCCCAUGUUACCCCAUGGACGUCCCUCCAAACGACCCCCGUGUGACAAACAGGAGGUGCAUAGAUUUUAUUAGAUCGUCGUCUGUUUGCGGAUCAGGAAUGACUUCGAUUUUCUUCGACUCGAUCCAACAUAGGGAACAGAUUAAUCAACUUACUUCUUAUAUCGAUGCCUCGCAGGUAUACGGGUUUUCAGAGGAACUAGCUAAGAAUCUCAGAGAUCUCACUACUGAUGGGGGUAGACUGAGGGAAGGUCCAAUUUUUUCAGGGCGAAAACCACUUUUACCUUAUGCUGAACAACAGGGAGUUGACUGUAGACGAAAUCUUACCGAGAGCAUUCUGAACUGCUUUGUUGCUGGUGAUAUCCGAGCAAACGAGCAGGUAGGUCUCCUAGCCAUGCACACCCUGUGGAUGCGGGAACAUAACAGAAUAGCGAGAGAACUCAAACUGAUGAACCCGCACUGGGAAUCCGACAAACUUUACCAUGAAUCCAGGAAAAUUGUCGGUGCAGCGAUGCAACACCUAACUUUCAAACUCUGGCUACCCAUUAUCUUAGGACAAAGGGGCAUGGAGAUUUUAGGAGAGUAUAGAGGAUAUAACCCGAACCUCAAUCCCACAAUAUCCAACGUAUUCGCAACGGCUGCGCUUCGUUUCGGACACACCCUCAUCAACCCAGUUCUACACAGACUUGACUGGGACUUCAAACCCAUUCGAGAAGGCAAUUUGCCACUUUCGAAAGCAUUCUUCUCUCCUUGGAGACUCGUCGAAGAAGGAGGGAUCGAUCCAUUGUUGAGAGGGCUUUACACAGUAGCAGCCAAAAUCAAGAAACCCGAUGAAAAUCUCAAUACGGAACUCACGGAAACUCUUUUCAAGGUAGCCCACGCCGUAGCUUUGGAUCUGGCAGCUAUGAAUAUCCAUCGAGGAAGGGAUCAUGCCCUGCCGGGUUAUACAGAGUAUCGUCGCUUUUGUAAUAUGACACCGGCUGAAACUUUUGAAGAUCUGAAGUACGAGAUCAGCGAUUCGAAUGUGAGGAGGAAACUUAAGGAACUAUAUGGGCAUCCUGGAAACAUCGAUGUUUUUGUUGGAGGCAUUUUGGAAGAUCAAGUUGAUGGCGGAAAGUAA